CUCACCCAACAUAAGCUCAAGUACCGGGCGGCAAAUACAACUGCAUUUACUAGCUUUUGCUUCAACAUUGGAGGGACAUACAAUGGCGUUUCCCAACGAGAAUGGGGGCUACUACAACAACCACUACACUGCUGAUGAAGCAGAGUUGGUAGACAAAGCCAAGCGCGUGCACAGGGGAAGUACUGCCUCGGCUCAAAGAGCGCUGAAGACAGCAGAGAGGACACGCGAGCUGGCAGCGAAUACCUUGGGCGAGCUAGAGAGCCAAGGCCAGAAGUUGGACAGGAUCGAUGCAGACCUGCACGAGAUCGACCAGGACGUGGACGAGUCCAAGAGCGUGUUGAGCUACAUGCGGCGCUGCUGCAUGUGUUUCCUGUGCUCCUGCUGCUGUGAUGGCGACCGUGAUGUUGUCCGCGACAACACUCGCAAGCAGCGCGUGAAGGGACGCAACCAGGCCAGAGCACAGGAGACGGAGAUGUACGCCAAGGCCAACGAGGCGCGCAAAACUGAGUCAUCAACCGGCGCCGUCGCAGCCCAUGCCCCGGUGAACGAGGAAGCGGCGCGCAACGAGCUGCUUGAGAAGCCCGGCCGGGUGAACAUCGAGGAGCGCCGACGCCAGAGGCAGGCCGCUCGCAACCCGGCCUACAGGAUAGGGGAGAAUCUCGCAGAUGAAGACAAGGAGGAGAUCCAUGCCGAGACUGAGAAGCAAGAGGAGGCAUUUGACCAGAUUGGCACGGCCCUGGGAGACCUCAAGCAGAUGAGCCAUGCAAUGAAUGACGAGUUGAAGAGGCAAGAGCACGUUCUGGACGCCGUCACCGACCACACAGAUCGCACUGGCUAUGAGAUCCAGCACGUCUCUGCGCAGGCCCGUAAGGACUUCAAAGUCCGCCCCAAACCUGCCAGCUCUGGGGGCAUGAAGCGCCAGGCCCUGCGCGCUGCCACGCGCUUUGUGUGACCAGCCGUCCCCCCUAUUGGCCUCAGCUGAGGCCGACAGCGAAAAACCACUUGUACCGAUUUAGUCACUCCGCCAUCCGAGAAGCUUUUGGACUGAAGAAACAUAAGGGGUCCCUGGAGAAUAGUUUGCAUGCACCAGCAAGUUGGUGAGGAGUCAAGCGAAGAUGCAAAUUGCCAAAAUUUGACAAGGAUGAUCGCAGGUUUCACUGUUUCUACACCAUGAGAACUUUUGAAGACUGCCGCUACAUAAUGUUGGGGUUGCUUGGACCCGUUGGUAGUGGUAAGCGGUAAAACGGGCGUUGAUUGCCCAAUCAUUUUAUACUCUAGCGACCUUGCUUAGAGCCAGAGGAGUCUGCCAGAUAUUUCAGAUCUUUGCAGUGCAGUGCAUCUCGAGGUGAAGCUUCGAGUAAGUUGCAGGUCCUGGCAUGGAGCAGAUUUUCAGCUCUUUCAACAAACAUCUAAAACGCUACUUCUUGAACAUGUGUAUGCUGCAUGCGCAUGCGCAUGAAAUUCAUGCCAUGAAUUAUGCAUGAAUUAUGCAUACCGUGCUGGCCGGCUCAAAUAAUAUUAAUAUUAAUUAUCUUC